UUGUCUUGUUUUUCUCCACAGGAUCUAAACUGCCUUGUAAGAAACAGUACCUGCAUGGAUGAGAGCUGGCUACAAAGUUCCACAUGGACACCCUCUGCACCAAGUUUUCUUGAUGUCUUCCCUGAUGUUUUCCGUGAUCAGGAGGAAAAGCUACUCCCAGUCCUGCGGAUUGAAUGGAAAGUUGCUACAGAUGCUAGUAUCCAAUAUCUCCGAGGAGUGGAGCUGGCUGUGCUGCGGGUAUCCAGUAAUCGACAAAUCUGUGUCCAGUUUGACUUUCAGAACAACCUGCCUCUUCAGGUCCGUCCAGAUGGAAGCCGGUGGAACUUCACUUUUGAUCGCUUUGAAGUGGAGCCUGGCCAGCCGUACCAAGUGACUGUUCAUCAUCUGCCCAAACUGGGUGUAAAUGGAGACCACAACUGCAAAUCCAAGUCUUUCAAAAUGCCUGAUUGCAAGGAUCCUCUGAUGAAAAGAACCAUACCAUGUUUGCAGACAGGCAGUCUGUGGGAACCUAACAUUUAUUUUGAAAGUCUGGAUGACAAAUCUUUUUUGGUGAGUUUUAGCCCAGGGAUGGAGCCAGCCCGAUACCGGAUCCAUGUGACCAGUUCCCAAGAUGAGCAGAACUCGUGUAAAAAAACCACGCAGGAUAUCUCUGAGAAAGGGUUGCAGCAGCGUGUGAAUGUCACAUUCAGAUUUGAAAAACCUAUAAGAACUUGUUGCAAAUACAAAGUCCAGAUUCAGCCAUUUUUUGCAAAUUGUGGCACUGACUGUACAAGGCACUUGAGUGUCUUUCAAUGUCCACCUGCUCCAACUUCACAGCCUACAGAUGAUAUGUUUAUGUGGCUGUACUGGUGUAUCACUGGCUUCUGUGUUUUACUGGUGGGAUCAGUUAUUGCUGGGGCCAUUUAUAUGACCCAAACACAACCAGGGUGCCAUCAUGGGAAAUUGAACAGUAGCAGUAUGUCUCAUGAACUGUUACCCCCAGACAUGCCUCCUCCAAAACUGAAGCCCCGGAAGGUUUGGUUGGUUUACUCUGCUGACCACUCGCUGUACGUAGAUGUGGUGCUGAAGUUUGCCCAGUUCAUGAUCACAGUCUGCGGUACUGAGGUAGUUCUGGACCUGCUGGAAGGGCAUCAGAUCUCAGAGAUGGGAGCCGUACCCUGGCUUACUCAACAGAAAAAGGAAAUGGAAAAGCUUUCUUCAAAGAUCAUCAUUUUGUGUUCUCGGGGCACCCGUGCCAAGUGGCAGGCCAUGCUUGGGAAGGCGGCUGUGCGUCUCAGACAAGAUCAGCGGCAUCCAGCAGGAGAUUUGUUCACGCCAGCCUUUAAUUUGAUCCUGCCAGAUUUCAAGAAACCAGCUUGUUUUGGCAUGUAUAUAGUGUGCUAUUUUGCAGGUAUAAGUAAUGAAGAGGACAUUCCUGACCCAUUCAAUGUCACAUCCAAGUACCAGCUGAUGGACAGGUUUGAAGACAUUUACUUCCGGAUCCAGGAUAUAGAAAAAUUUGAGCCAGGGAGAAUCCAUAGAAUCCAGGAGAUCACACCUGAAAAUUGUUUUGAAAACCCCAGUGGCUGGAAGUUGAAGGAAGCUGUGCAAAAAUUCCAGGAUUGGCAGGCAGAGCAUCCAGACUGGUUUGAAAGAGAGAUCUGCUCUGAGGAUGAGGAGGACCUGCAGUCUCUGGAUAGAGAAAGCCCUGAAGAAUUAAUACCCAUGGAAGAGGGAAUUAUGAAGCAGCAGUUGUGUCUUCAGGAGCCUGAUCCCAGUGGCUGCUACAUGGUCAGUCUCCAUAUAAAUGAAAUUGAAGGCAAAAACUGUAAACUGCAGCCUCAGUUUAAUCCACCUGGAGAUCCAGCUUUCCAGACUAUGAUAAUUCCCAUGGAGGAAGUUCCUCCAGUUCAGAUAACGGAGCCACUCUCUCUCCAAGAUGGUAAAAGUGCAGUCAGUCAUCAGGUGCUAACCAAUGAGGACUGGAUGGAAGGGAUCCCACUCCUGGCAACCAGUGUCCCAGUGAGAAAUAGUGUUCUCUUCCAUGAAGACCUUAAUGCCACAUCAUCAGACAGCCAGAUAUUGACAGACCACCUCCCAGCUGAAUUGAACGAACAGCUGAAUGGUUUAAUGUACUCUCUCUACCAGCAAAAUGUCAUUCCUUCUGAGCCAUCUCUUUGCCAAGAAGAGGCUGAAGAGCAACAGCAGCAGCUGGUCUUCAAUGACCAAUCCAAAGAUCAAAGACAGUCAGUGCAGUCUGACCAGGGCUACAUCUCAAGAUGUUCCCCUUUGCCUCCUGAUGAUCCUGUAGAAGAGGAGGAAGAGGAAGAAGAGGGAAGCCAGAUGCCUGCACAACACCUCUCUCCAGAAAUACUGGACAGCUUAAAGAGUCUCCAGCAGCAGCUGCUUUUCCAGGAAAUUCAGCAGAACAAUAGCUGGGAGUACAUGGGUAUAAUGAUGGACACAGGCCAUUCUGUAGAGGACUCUUAGACUCUAUAUCCAGGGGUCACUGCAUUUGAAAAAUGGGUAUGGAAGCAGGUGGUAUGUAGACAUGCAGCAUUCAACUGCAAGGUGUCUCCUGAUCUUUUAUAACAAGGGACCUAGGCUGUUGGUUGGAACCUGUUAAUACCAGCCCUCAGGGAAAGGAUUGUGCUUCUAAAUACAGUAUGAUCUACCCAUUUGGCUUUUGGAGCCAAGCUGUUGCUUUAAAUCUCUGAAUGGGAGAAGAUGGCUCAAUUUGUUAACAUGUCCUGUGAGGUGACUAGUACUAUUCUGUUGCUCAAGGAAUAUACAAUGUACAUUCCACUGAUUACAAGCAAUUGUAUUGCCAUCCAUCAUUUCGUACCCUUGAAGACUCAUAUCACGCCAUCACUCUGGUGAUUGCAAAGACAUAAAUCAGGGUUAAGGAGGACAGAAUAGACUUGAUGGAAAACAAAGUUUGCAUUAACAAUUGAAUAGUUAAGCUUUAUUGUAAAUGCUGCAAUAAAUAACUUGUGCCUCAAGUCACCACAGGUGGUGACAGAUCCAAACAGACCUACCUGUGCUAAUACCUGGGUUUGGAGAUUUUCCAGCGUGAUCCAGUUAUGCUGGCAUUUCUGUAUUUGCACCAACAUUAAGAAAUCAAGUUGAAUGCCUGAGCAAAAAUCAAGAUGAAAUAUUUAAAACCAGGUAUCUUUGUGUAUCGACAUAUAAACAAUAGACUGAAAGGUAAAAGGGAGCAGGGCUUAACCUCUUUAGCUACUCUUUGGUAAUCGUCUAUGUGCAUGUUUACCCCAGGGUAAACGGAAGCCAAUCUGGAGGAAAUUACACCUUUCCCCCAAGAGAGAAGUUACCAGGGUUUACUUCUGGGUAGAAACGUCUACAUGGGCAGUUACCAUAGAGCAACCAUACCCUCUUUGACAACACAUUAAGCUGUUCAUAUGUACAUAUCUUUUGUCUCCUCUGUCUUUCCUCCCCACCCUAUGAUAGAGUGGGAGGAAGACACCUGCGAGGUAACAACAGCAAAAGUAGCAUAGGGAUGAUGGACAAAACAUGGUAUAGGAAUUUGCAGUGCAGUUACAUCGGUGAACAGGGAACUAAUGUGCCUUGAGGCUGCAAUAACCAGGCUUCAAAUCAGGGUGGAAAUGAGUGUCUCCUAUAUUGCACUGCUGGUGCUGCAUCGAUAACACUGUGUGGUGUCUCUAUGCAUCUCAAUACUAGGCAGGUUUCAGACUGGAGAUUUGGUGGGAACAGCAAUGAACACAGACAAAUGUCUAAAUUGCUAUUAAGAAAGAUGUUUAACAGUAGGCAUAGCUUGAACAGCUGUUAUCUGAAGGGUAGGAAGGGUAUUUUAAAGAAAUUUUGGAGUGAGAUGAAUGCAAGGUGGUUCCUGGAGGUAAUUAGCAAUAGCAUGAAUUUUGAGCAAAGGAAGUUUGGGCUGAACCUGGAGAGAUGUUUCUCACUACCAAACUAACAGUCUCUCAGGAGUGGCCAUGGAAAUGUCAUCAAGUGAGACAGUCUAACCCUGGGAUUGAUGGGUUUCAGAGAAUAUUUCCCAGUGGCCAGUGCAGCAUUUAACUUUUCUGGGCAAACUACAUGAUGUGCAAACUCCUGUACAGCUGUAGUUUUUACCUUGGACACCACAAUGGCUUGUUCACCUCAGCCAGUUGGGGGAACAGUUUCUUGACGCUUUUUUCUUUUCCCCUUGCGCACUUAAAUAAGGCUGCUGCCUUUCUACCUUAUUCAUUGCACCUCUGUAUCAAAGCAUAACAGAGGGGGAGGCAACUGGGUGCUGCCUUGGAGGGGUAAGGGUGCCAAAAAAAAAAAAGCAUUUGCUGCAAUGGCAGCUGGAUGUGCCACUGCCACAAGCACUGUGGCAACUAGCACUGCCCUUUGCAAAGGUACGGCCCAGGGCAUGGAGCUGCCCAGCUACACCUCUGCAAGAAGUGAUCUUUGUGCCUUGCAUUAAGAUAAAACAUUUUUCAAUGUCUAAAGUAGCACAGAAAUCUUUUUUAAACCUCUAAACAUUGCAUCUAAGCUACUUGAAGUGUCUCAUGAUUUUUUUUAAUUGGUUGUCUUUUUAAAUAUGUAAUUUCAAUUCAUAAUUUUAUUAACUAUUAUUCUACCAAUUGUGAUGCUGCAUCCAGUGCUGUUAUAAAUUUUUAUAAAAAGUUUAUACAGUGACUUACUGAUGUUGCUUUUAUAAUUAAAGGCAUUACCGCUGAAAUGCA